AUGACUUCCAAUACUUCUAACAACGCGCAGUCCCCGCCUCAAACACCACCGGCAUGGACUGUAGUCGGAUUCACUUUCAGCACUGAGAUCACAGAUUCAGAGCUGGUGGUCAUGUGCAACGGCAAACGCUUUGUCAUACAUCUGCACGCCGACAACUUCUCUGAGUCGCCCGAGUUGAAAGAAUCGUAUCUCUUCUACUUGAAAGUUGCCGAAGAGUUUGAGCUAGAUGAUGUAACUGUCGAGGACUUCUGGGAUUGGAUUGUCAACCCUCUGCUCCCCAUUUUCCGGGAACUGCCCACUCCGGACAAGUCAGCACCACCGACCUUAAACGAAUUUUUCAACCCCGAAACUUUCGUUUAUACCUUGCGAGCAGUCUCCGGCGAACUGAUGCCACAACUAGAAAGAGACAGACAACACGAAUCUUUAUUCGGUAUUUCUCUUACAGAUGAAUUCUGUACGCCAUUGGUGUCCUUUGACCCGUCUGAAGUACAAAUUUGUCAAGAGAAUGUGGUCGGUCCGCCUUCUCAUACGCCGCGCAAAGUCCUUUUGAACGACGGGACAAUUGCAUUCCUAAAGCUCGUGCGUCGUGGCGACAAGCAGUUCCUCAAAAAUGAGCUGGAUACAUAUAGGAAGAUCCACAGAGCACAGCUUGACAACAAGCUCAGGAUUUCACGCCUCCGUGGCCUAGUGCAGAAUAACAAUGGCGUUAUUUUCGGUCUUUUACUCACCUAUGUUGACUGUGGACGUGUAACACUAUCAUGUGCAGUGCAGCCGGGAACGCAAGUUACGCAAAGGGAGAAAUGGGCUGCACAAAUUCAGGACAUUGUCGGUCAGCUACAUGAUGCUGGAAUCGUUUGGGGAGAUGCCAAACCGGAUAACAUCCUAAUUGACGUAAAUCAGGAUGCUUGGGUUAUUGAUUUUGGUGGCGGAUAUACGGAGGGAUGGGUGCCCAAGAACCUUGCCGGGACGAUGGAAGGUGAUCGCAUUGCUCUCAAGAAGAUAGUAGAUUAUAUUUGCACCUAA